AUGUCGAUCUCUCGUAAACGCAAAUCUCUGUCAUAUGUUCAUGGUUUUAAAGUACCAAGCCAAAUGGAUAUAGACAAAGCUUUAGGAAAAUUUGAUUCAAAUGAUAAUAUAAACUCUGCUUUUACUCAAAAUUUUUACAAAACAUUUGAUAGUCUACCAUUACCAAAGAAAUCAACAAAUUGGCUUGUACAAAAUGUUGAAAAAGGACAAACUUAUAUGGAAUAUCUUCAAUUAUCUCGAACACUUCAUACACAAUCAUCUUCACAUAGAAAAACAAUCUAUCUAACAAUGUUUGGACAAAUUGAUAAUACCAUAUUUGAUAUUGAUAGUUUAAUUGAUUAUACACAACGGUUUUUUCAAAUGCCAGUUAAAAUAAUCAAUCCAUUUAUUAAUGUUCAAUGGAAUGAUCAAACAAAUCAAUGGACAUGUAUAAUGAAUUUAAAUAAUGGUCAAAAUCGAAGUUUUAAACUUCGUACACGUUUUCAUGAAAAAACCAAACAUUCACAAAUUUGUGUUACAGGAAUUUUAAAUCUCUUACAAAAAAUUGUACCAAAUGAUGCUCGAUGUCUUAUUGCAUUAACAAUGUAUGAUCUCUAUGGUGAUGAAACAGAUUUAUUUAUUGCUGGUUUUGCUCGCGGUAAUUUUCGUGUAGCAACAUUUUCACUCUAUCGAUAUGAUCCAUAUUUAACAUUUAAUGAAUUCGAUUGGUUUAGUUGUAAAUUAAAAGAUCCUUCGAAAUCAAAGAUACAAAUUAAUAACCGACGAAAUUUAUUAUUACUUAGAACUUGUCGUCUUUUAACGCAUGAAAUAUGUCAUCUAUUUGGAAUUGCUCAUUGUAUAUUCUAUUCUUGUCUACUCAAUGGCAGUGGAGAUUUAGAGGAAGAUUUCAGUCAACCACUACUUGAAUGUCCAAUUGAUCUGAGAAAACUUUAUACAUUAAUCAAUUUUAAUAUUCAUAAAAGAUAUGAAGAAUUAUUGGAAUUUUUUAAAAUGCACGAUUUUCUGAAUGAAAUGAAAAUGGUUGAAACAAAACUCAAUGUUAUAAAACAUUCGAUGAAUUCCAAUUCUUCAGACUGUAAUUCUUCUACAUCGACGAAAAUUGUCAAGCGAAAACGUACUCAUUAUACUACUGUGGAACAAGAUGUUCUUACGACCACAGUAGCAGAAGACAAAGAAGUUUUACAAUCACCAGCAAAAUAUCUGAAAUGCCACUAA